UUUGCGUCAACACAAUGGACUAUUUUUCAAAGUUCAAGAAACGUAUUGCGCCUCCUAAAGCACAGCCUACGAGUGCUAUGCAAUUAGCUAAAUUUCACAAGUAUUGGGAGUAUGUGCACAAUAUCUUUGUACUUGAAGACAGGAAAGCCAACAUGCAUGUUCAGCAAACCGAGAUUCCUUCCAAAUUGCGUCAAAUGGUCGAUCUGCUUGUAGAUGAGGAAGCACGCCAAGAAGACAAUACCACUGGUUUAUGUAUGGAAUACUUUUUAAAGAACGGAGUGCUUCAGUACCUUGUCACCAUUGCUGAAAAAGAAGAUUAUCCUGUAGGCAUUCGUGGAGAAGCCAUUCGAACAGUAGCAAGCAUGAUUGAUUUAUUGGAUGAUCGAUUUUUAGUGCAUAAUGCAGUCCAUAAACCCACAGUAAAAUUGCUUAGGUUCUGUGUAUUGGAUGACAGACAAAGUGAACUGUACAGCGAUGACUUGGUUGAUUUGAUGUAUAUCAUUUGCUCCAAAAUCCAUGGAUUUCCAGCUUUAUUGAACAUCUUUUUUCACGACAAGCAUUGGUUGACCACACCUCAAAAGAGUUCAACAUCCACUGUGACAACAUCCACUGUGCCUACCAAAACACCACCAGAAGGAGACCAGCCUCAUGAAUAUGAGUUUUUGUUAUUCACUUAUUUGCUGAGGUUUGUACAUCGAGAAGGUCGUUCAGGUGAUUUUGCUCGAACAGGUCUUUUGUUCCUUAUGGAAAUGGCAACAGAUCAAUUGGGCGAUUUUAUUCUUGGGUCUGAUUUUGCCACCAUCAUGGCUGCAGGCUUGGGUGCUUUGUAUUCCCAGUUGCCAAGGAAACUGGUUGUCAAAGAGGAAGUAGAACAGAUUUAUGCCACACCCACCUCGUAUUUGUUAGGACAAGAUGCUUUAGAAGAGGCCAAUAAUCGAUUCCCUGCUGGUCUUGGUGCAGAAUACUCGAAUUCACCUGAAUUCAGAUACCAAUUGGAUUCCUUUUUGAAAUUACUUGAAUUCUGUCAAGAUGUCUUGACUCGGUGUCCUAACCCAGAUAUUUCCAUGUCACUCUUGACCAGUGUACGGGCUAUCUUUUUAGAGAAUAUCUUGUAUCCCUCUAUCCUUGAAUGUUCAGACAUGGAUGGAUCUUCUGUAGCUGUCAUUAGUUAUAUCGACUUAAUUUUACAGACAGUCCAACAAGAAGAUCUGUCAAAAGUGGUCGUAGGGUUUUUGAUGGAUGAAGAAGAAAGUACAUUAGAUGAACAACAAGAUAUUGUCGUUGGCACAGAAAACAUCAACAUGAACAAAAGAAGAGCAAGUGCUUCAGCUCAUUUUACACUCAAGGACCUGAUCUUUAGUCGCCUUCAGUCCACUUCACAAGCUACUGUGAUUGCCACAUUAAAACUAGUCAAGACAUUGAUCACAAAGCAUUGUCAAUACUCACUUGGUUUGCUCUCAACUUAUCCAGAUACCAACAAGAGUUCUAUCAUUAUCUCACAUCAUUUAAGAGAAGUCGAGUUGUAUUUCUCGUUGAUUAUUGCGAUUGAUGCUACGCAUGCUCAAGACGUACUGGCGUGUGGCUAUGAAGAGUAUUUGCGUGAUGUAGAACAAAACAUAGACAAUGACUGGUGUUAUCAAACCAUGCGUCCCUUUAAUGACCAAACGAUGCAUGCAAGCGAUUUAAAAGAAACACCUAAAGCCAAAAAAAGGCGCAGUUUUAAGUAUGGACAACGCUAUCAUAACACGAAUGAAGAAGAAAACAAGAAACGAAAUCAACCCUGCACAAAACAAUUGACAAGACACCGUGUUCGAUCCACAGAUCCAUUACUACAGAUCUUGCUCAAUUUACUCAGCCAUUUCUUUACACAGUCUUCAGAACUCAAUUUGGCUUUGACGGGUGUGAUAUCUGCCUUGGCCAUGUGUCCUUAUCGUAGUUUGGAGGGCUGGAUUUCAUUCAGUGAACAAGACCGUACAAACAGAGACGAUGUGCUUGUGCUCAAUUCAGCAGGACAACCUGCUAUCAAUCGCAACAGUCUGUCGGGUCAAGAUAUCUAUGCUCGUUUUGAGUCCAAUCAACCCAAGCAUGAAGACGAGGAUGACGAUGAUGAUCGCUCCAUUGAUUUUGGAGCAGAAAGAGAGUCCAGCAAAAAGACGAUACCUACUUUCUUUAAAUCCUAUCCACCUUUCUUUACUUUGCUACGUACAUUGACACAACAAGUAGACUAUUAUCGUUCUGAAAUCCAACCCUUUGACAAGCUGUUGGAAGAACGUCGUCAAGCCUUAAUUUCAGGCGAAAUUUCAUUUUUGGACAGCACAAAGCGUAAUGUGUCACCCUCUUCCAGUACAUCUACCAUAUACAGCAGAAGACCUUCUAUCUUGAAAUCUUCUGUAGACACACCUGCAUUAACACCCUCUACCUCCACUUCCACCUCCACAGCUCCCCGAGCACCCUCUUCUUCCACUGUGAACAUGUCUGCUGUACUCAACAAUCCUAUGGCUCCCUUAACGAUGCAUGUCAAAAAGACAACCAAUACUCGAAUUCAGCCCUUAUUUCCUUCGAAUUUUGUAAAUGAAAGAGAAGAGCCUAUUUUAGAUCUCGAUGAUGAAGAUGAACAUACAUUUGCACCCAAAAUAACAGACCCUUCAAGACCCAAACGUAUAGACAAAAGUACUGAAAUCACACUCUCAACUUUGUUAAAUAAUGUGGUUAUUUUGGAAGAAUCGAUUAAGGAACUCGUUGCAUUAAUGCAGGUCAGACGUAGCUUGGGUAUCGAUGAAAUUGCUUAUGUUUAA